AACCAGUACAUCAACGCAGAAGGAAUAGUAACUAUGGAUGCCUUUAAUAAUACUACAGACUUCAUGAGAGAACAUUCUCAAGUUGAAUGUUUACCGACAGAAACUCUUGAUUUAACUGUUGGAAGUGACGCGGACACGUUUAUUGAGUUGCACGCUUACACCCGGAGUGAUGCAGUCAUACACAUUGUGUUGAUGCCCUUUAUUUUAACCGUUGGGCUCUUUGGGAACUUGACCAUUCUAGUCGCUGUGGCUAAAAUCCAAUGGAUGCGAACAAUCACUAAUUUCUAUUUGGUGAACUUGGCGAUGGCUGAUAUAACUUUCUUAGUUGUGGCUAUCGGAGAGAAACUGCACCAAUACUCAUCGACACCUUUUAUAUAUGACGACUAUCCGAAAGGUGCUACAGGGUGUAUUCUGAUUCCCUUCAUUAAAGAUUUCUGCUUUUUCUCGUCGAUCUUUCUGGUAACAUGCAUAUCUAUGGAACGGUUCAACGCGGCGUGUCGCCCCUUGAAGCAAAGACGAGACAGUGGAACCAAACUUCGAUAUCGGACUGCUAAGUUGACCAUAGCAGCAUGGGUUACCUCACUGGCUGUAUCAAGUCUACGUAUAUCCGCCUCGUAUCAAUUCCAAAUUUAUUGUCUUAUAUGGCCGGACUCUUAUGAAGAAUAUCCAGAGAUUAUUGGGGAAUGUCGGCCACCUAAAGAAUGGAUUUCAUACGCAACAAAAUGCGUCCAGAUUGUCAUCUUUGUUCUCGCUAUGGGAAUUAACUUUUUAUUCUAUGGGAAAAUCACCCGCGCUGUGAACUGCAGUACAGCCCGCCCAAACGCGCGUUCAAUCCCCAGUGGGGCGUCAGUUAUUGAAGUUAGGAUAACACGAAUGGUGGUUGCAACAGGGGUGAUUUUCUUCCUCUGUCUUGCUCCAUUUGAACUUUUCUCGGCUCUUCUUAUGAUCUUGACCCCAACUAAUGGUAACUUUGUAUCUGCGAUGCAAGUUUUCCGGAUGAUGAUGUACCUUAAUUCUGCUAUCAAUCCAUUGAUCUAUAAUGUUGCAAACCCUCGCUAUAGGAAAGCUUUCCGUUUGUUGUUUUCAUGUAAGGGUGUUACGACUGCCUGCAUGCCUGGUAGAUGCCAUCAAAGCGUUACAACGAGUAGAGAAAAAAACUUCAGAGAAACUUCGAACUUAUGAUACAAACUCCCAGAUUCUUAUGUCAAUCUCAUUCAUCAUCAGCCACAUUCUAUUUGACGCCGUGAUGAUCGACUUAGCCGAUGAGGCUACAUUGUGCCUUAAAGUCACUGGACACGUUUGGCAAUUGUCAAGGACCAGUAUAUGGCCUAGAUGGA